GCUGAUAUAUGUGCAGAACUGUAUGAGACCAUCAGAAGUUAUAGGGAUGAAGAGGGCAGGAUUCUUUGUGAAUCUUUUAUUCGUGCCCCAAAAAGAAGGUUUGUUGAUUGCAUCUUUUUAUCAGCUCCAUAAUAAUUAUUUUACUUUAAGGUAGUGCAGAUGAGUAUUAAACAAAAAACAGAAAAUUUCCUUGUAUUUUUCAUAAUCACAGAUUGCAGAUUCAGGAAGGUUUUGCAAAAGGUUAAACUAGAAUGUUUUUGUUAGUUUGUAACAUAACUAUUUUGUCUGCAAGUAAAUUUUAGAUCGUCAGUUUAUAAUAUUAAAUGUUACUGAGGCCUUCCUGAUACAUGUUUAUUUCUCUGACUAUGGGUUUAGUUGUGCAUUUUCAACAUUGCUGUCUGAAAUUUCCAUCAAACAAGUAAUUAUUUUUACAGAUGGUGCUUUUUUGUGUAAGUUCCUUUUUUAUGGAUCCAUGCUUGCUUAAAGAUAUGUACUUUUCAUUUUUUUAUUGUGUAGGAACAGUCCAGAGUACUAUGAUGUCAUUUCUACUCCAAUAGAUUUGUUGAAGAUUCAGGUAAAUUGAAUGUUAAGACACUUGAUUUUUCUUAUAAGGUGCCAGGACAGUAUGCUGUGAUUGACAGAAAAUCUAUUUUCCAGAAGUUUUGAUUUGGAAGGUCAUGUUGACCUUUUUAAUAAUAUUAAUCUAUGUUGAUAUUGCUUUUAAUCAGCAACGGCUGAAAACAGAUGAAUAUGAGGACAUUGAGACAUUCAGCACUGACGUGUAUUUGCUGUUUGACAAUGCUAUCAAGUUCUAUCAACCUGAUGUACAAGAACACAAAGAUGCUAUUAAACUAAAAGAGGUGUAUGAAGCUGCAAAAGCCAGGCUCUGUUCCCAGUUAGAUGAACAAAGUAUGUAGCUCGCAUUGAUCUGUUAAUGCAUAUAUGUACAGUUUUGUAUAAUAAGCUGAUUUAGCAACUGACUGGGAACGUCAUUUGACAACGGGAAAGUGCGUGGAAAAGACUAAACUCAACUUCUGUUGCCCAAUUUGCUGCUCUACUAUUGGCCAAGCGAGUUGUUUGAUUUGCGUGCGCCGUCAUCAACUGAUGUUCCUUCUGUUGCUAAAUCAGCCUAAUGAGGCUAGAGAAAAAAUAAUUGAGUUUGAAGGUAUUUUCAUAUGGUGAUUGAAAAUUUUUUUGCAAGGAUGUAGCUAACGAAAAGCCAAAUAUGCUUGGUUAUUACUCUAUCUGGCUUUUUACAUUCAUCUUUAAAAAUUACUGUAUUUCUUCACCUAUAAGCCAAGUGGUUUUUUCAGUUUUUGACGCAAUAACAGGGCUCGACUUUCGGAAAAAAAUCUUGGGGCCAGCUGGCCUCUUAAGUUUUCAUUUUUGGUCGCCAGGACAAGUAUUCUAGUCGCCAAAAAUUAUCUUCAAGAAAAAAUAGCAUACGAAAUACUUAAGGUCUUUUUAACCUCAACAAAAUCGUCAAUAAGUUACCUUCCACAAAACAGGCUACAUAACCCCUACAAUGGCACUUGUUAUAAAAUUCAUUUUUACGUAUUUAUGUAUUCCGUUACCGUUAAACUAACGGAUAGUUAACGGCUUUUCUAACGCUCUAACGGCUUGUUCCAACGCUCUAACGAUUUGUUCUAACGGAUUUCUAGAUUGCGGACUCGAUUGCAGAUUAGUCUGAUAAAAACUUAAGAGAACAAACGUCUAUCUCGGGCUUCUUGUAAACUACUUUUUUAUGCAAAUUUAUGUUGACAUUUGAGCCCUUCGGGACAAAGCGUUGCGUGACGACCCAAGUGAGAGCUUUGCUGCAUUUUAUUGACUUCUAAUAAAGUAUCGUUGAAGUCAGACUUUUUGAACAGACUUCUCGCCAAAUCAACUUUUGCCCGAAAAUAUUGAAGAUCUGUUUCUUCUUUGUGGAGGAGACUUUCGAUCACGUGCUAGGCAACAAGAUAGAUCAUGUUUCACUGAUGUUCAUUUCUGAACGUCAAUGCAAAUAUGGAACGCAAAGCGAAUGUUUGAAGAUUUGUUCUUUCAUAGCCCAAAUGAGUUUUUUUCUAAUACAAAAAAUUUGUUUAACUGCAAGUGUAUUUCAUUUCCUGAAGCUUGAAUAACUGUUUGAGGAAAUUUACGCUUCAGUAUUUACCUUAAGAGAUUUUGGACGCCUCCCGCAGGUAUGUGAGUUCUUCGACCGAUGCUGUACGAUGCGAACGGACAUUAAAACGGGCAAAAAUCGUGCGAAAGGAAGCCUUGAAACAUCGGUUACAAGCUCUUACAGAAUAAUUUUUCUAAAGCGAUGGUGUUACAGACUUACUAAAAGACAGUCUCCGUUGCCCGUUGGAACUUCUUCAACAGUGUAUUUCAGUAGAAGAUCGACGGAUACAACUAAUGAUCUAACGGAUACGGAUGAGUUGCUAGCCUAAAGACUGAAUUGCCAAACGCCUUUCAUUGAUCUGUCUAACGGAUGACUAAUUGCCUGCGUGCAGACGUCUCCUAUUUCCUUUGUUGCACGUGGAAAAGGGACGACGUCCCUUUUCCGCGUGCAACAAAGGAAAUAGGAGACGUCUGCACGCAGGCAAAUGACUAACGGAUAGCUAACGGUCUAACCGUUUAACGGAAUAUCGUUAGUGUACAUUUUCCCAAAGAAGGUCACAAAUAUCAUGGGGGCCAGCCUGGCGACCAGGCGUGAAAAGUUCGUCGCCACUAAAUAAAAUCAAGUCGCAUUGGCGACCCCAGGGGUCGCAACGUCGAGCCCUGAAUAAAUACAGUUGCUGGUUGCAUGGUAGUAUUAAUACACUUCAUUGGAUCAAUUGAUAUUCACAUCUCUUCAUGGGUUUGCUUUUUUUCUUUUGUGUGUUUUUUUUUAAAAAUUUAUUAGGUUUUGUGUUUAGUGAGGUUAGGUUCAGCUUAUAUCCGACGGGUUUACCUUUUUUUGGUAGCAUGAGUCCAUUGGAAGGUGUCUCAGCUGAUAGCUGAGGGUACAUACCCCAAAUGAUGUCUUUGUUUUCCAGUGCAAUUUGCACUUGGUCUUGCAGUAAGGUCAAAAUCUUCCGCUGUAGGGUCAGAGGUAAUUAACCUUUGACAAAUGGGAUGGUUAAAACUUACAGCUUUUUUCUUUUUUGUUUUGCUCCAGGAGGAGGCAGGGGAAUGUCAUAUGAGGAAAGCAUGGUACAGUUGAUGCUGUUUAUUUUAAGUCAAAACAAGAGCACUCUUAAAAAAGUGUUAAGUCAAGCUUGUUGCUUGGAGAUUAGAUAAGAAAUAAGGAGGCGUUUAAUUUUACACAAAGCAGGAUUUUUUCACUAAAAGUUUUUCACAUCCUACUUUAUCGACGGUUGAGUAUUCUUCAGGAUAUUUACUUUUACAUGGUAUUCCAUGAUUUGUUUCUGAAUUGAUAUAGUAUGGCUGUAUAAUUUCACGAAAUUCAAGGGCCUCGAUUCAAGAGAAAUUGCAUCAUUCUUAAGGAGCAAAAACGUGAUGAACAUGAUGGGUCAUUUCAAUCUUCACCGGGAAAAAACUGCAUGUUCAUCACAAGACUCAUUUGCCUACAAUGAACAAAGUUUACAACACCCGACCAGUUAGCCUCACCAUCUUAGUUUUGCUGAACUUUUGCUCAUAAAGAUUUUUUUUCUCCACCACUGAAGUACUCAAUUGUUCUAAAGUAGUCAACACUUUCAAGCGAUAGAAUUCGUGGACCGACCCAUUCCAGAAAAGCUCGACAUCUUUCGAAUAAUAUUUUGUAGUUCACGUCGCAAUAUUUAUGUCCAGUUUCCACAGUCUCCGCUAGGAACGCCUGGAACCAUGUCUUUUCUUUUGACGCCCACACGCAAAAAAAGAGAAAUGUUUACAUUUCAGAGUCUUGCUGCUAAAGCAAGCUAGACUAGGGAGUUUUAUGGAAAUGGUCUCUCUUCAUUAGUGAACAAUAAGAAAUUAAAAAGCAACUGAAAUUGAAAGUUGAAGACAUAGUCAGAAAGUACUGGUAACAUAUUAAAUAUUAUUGAGCUUAGAAAUAGUACAUUACCUGAUGAGGCAGGGGCAUAGCUACCUGUAUGCAUGAUAUACACGUGCAUGCCUGAAAAAGUCAAGGGUAAAAAAAAUUAAAUGAAAUAAAAUAAAAUAAAAGAGAGAAUAAUUUAAAAAAGAAAGUGUAAAAAUUAAAACAACAUCAACAACAAUGUAAAUUGCCUCAAUUCCGUUUAACUCUAUUUGAUUCUUUGGAGUAUUUUUCCUUAAACAACGGACUGUUUGUUUUUUUGACACCCGAAAGUUGGUUUUCAAAACAAAAGACUCUUUUCCACAACAUCAGAAAGUCGGUUUUCAUUUGAACCUUGAAUGAUAUACUUAAAGAUGCAUGCAGACAGCAAGCGGGAUGGUAUAAAACAAGUUAUUUCACCCAGGCCUGUCUUUGCAGGAGACAAAGGAGAGCAUGAUUAUGUCCAUGUGAGUGCUUCUGCCAGUCAAAUUUGGAGUUGGAGGGGGAGGGAGAUUUGGAAAAUUGUGCAUACCUCUGAAAAAAUCCCGGCUAUGCCCCUGUAAGGCCACAUGUAGUAAUACUAACAUACAUUUCAUUGUGUUAAUAUUUUCAUUGUUAGCUUGAGUGGGUACAAAUAAAGUUUCAAAUGCUGCCUGUUUUAGGAGCUGCUCUGCUCAUUUUUUCCUUAGUACACGUACUUGGGGUACUAUUUUUUUUAACCAAAUCGUGUAUUAUAACAUUUCAUAGGGGUGUUCGUACGAACGUACUAUUUGCCGUGGGAACGUACUAGAGUAGCAGUCACACAUUUCAUAGGUCAUUGCUGUACGAACGUACUUAAUUGGCCAUAGAAAUGUACUAGACUAACAGUCGUGUGUCAUAACAAAGUAGUGGGAAAGUAACCUCUGGAACUAAGUACGUUUUGGUGAGGCGUACGAAAAGAAAAAGGACAAACAUGCAUUCCUGUUCUGUGCAUUAAAGAUUGUUGUUGCUGGAAAGUUGUUGUUGUUGUUGUGCUUACUUAUCAGUGCUUAAGAUGUGCCAGAGUUUUCUAAGCUCAAAAGUUUUGACAGACGUUGAGAGUUGGGAAAUUGUCCUCUUGUUUGAACCAAAUGCCAGUUGCUUAGAUGGUGUAUCUAGUAAUUCACUUCUUUAAACCUUUAGAUGAAAAUGCAUGGCACCUUUGGUGCCAUUGUCCAGAGUAGACUCUAAACAGUGUCAAAAAUUUAUAAUUGCAGGAAGAUGAUGAUGAUGAUGAGGAGAAUGAGGAUGAAGGUGAUGAUGCUGAUAGUGUGAGAGGUGAUAAGACUGUUAAAGGAACAAGUCUUGGGAAAAGUACAAGUGCAGAGAGAAAGCAAGCUUCUUUUUCUGUAGCGGCAGCGGGUGAGUGGUGAUUACUGUGUCUAUAUCAUUCACAGUAAUCCUUAAAGUGGAAAGCAUGUGGGCCUAAUAGAUAGUGUGCUGGACUCCAGAUUACCGGUAAGAGAGUAGGGUCACUGUAAAUUCUGCUUGGGCAAGACACUUUACUGUUACAGUGCCUCAGUCCACCCACACCUUGAUUUUGUUAAAAACGUUGGAUAGCACUAUCCACCGGAUAAAUCAAGGGAAACAUAAUUCAAUUCAUAAGGGAAAGCAAGGUCAUUGCAUUAUCGACGGGUAAGAGAUUUAUCUGAUGAAUAGUGUUAUCCAUUUCAAAAGCAGGUGAACGUAGUCCUGGAUAGGACUGAAGUUGUUAGUCAUCUUGAGAGUCAGGACUCUGAAGAUGACUACCGCACAGGUUGUCGAAACGUCAGUCACUGUCAACAACAACAGUCCUAUUCAGGACUAUGUUCACCCAGACAAUCAAACUCAACCUACUUUUGAAAUGACUCCUGGGUUCAAACCUUUCACAGUGUUAUCCAUCUUUUGAACAACUGGGGCCAGGUGUAUGAAUAGAUAUGGGCAGAAUUAGCCCUAGCGGGUAACCUUUUUGAUGGACUGGCAUUCCUUCCAGAGGGGAGUAGAAUCAUUCCUAGUCACUUUGUGUUACACAUGCACUUGAGCUUUUUAUGAGAGACCAGUAGCUAUUGUCUGUCAUAAGUAAUCUAUGUAUUGGUAUCUGUAACAAGGUCAUUAGUUUCAACCACAACCAUUUUUCUUGUCCUUUAUUUUCUGUUUAGAUGAUGAUGAUGAUAAUGAGUCUACCUCCACUCGAGAUGAUGAAGAGGGUGAUUCUGUUUCUAAUGUUCUGCUUUAUUGUGGUGAGCUUAUUAGUGCAGUGCUGGAGAUGAAGGACAGCCAUGGACGAGUUAUCUGCCAACUUUUUAAAAAGAUACCACCGCAAAGUGUAAGUUCUAAAAAAUGUUGUGCCUUGAACAGAAUAGACAUCUGAGUAAGUGGUCCCUAUAAAAGUAUUUGAAUUACGGGAACACAUGUAAGAUUUUUUUAAAGAUUUUUGCAUUGUAGAUUUUUCCGAAACCUCAACUUGUUUCUUCUUUGUUGGGAUUACAGUAAGGUUAAAAUGACUCCAUAAGUAAUGUUUUGACUUGCUUGGCUGACCUUCUCCAGGAAAGUUUGUUUUUCCUGAAGAAGGGCGGGGCACUAAAAAGUGGUGUCCCAUAACCCAGAGCUCCAAUGGUAGUAGGGUAACCCGUUGGGCUACAUGUAGCAUGUUUCAAUUACGAAUUGUCUGAUGGGAAAGCAACAUUUCCCAAAAUAAAAUAAAAAUGUUAAGGGAUUUGGCAGGCCUGCACAACUGCUCAGGGCUAGUAAAACUUCAGCAACAGUAAUAAUUUUUUAAUUUCUUUUCUCCUUGAAGAGAAUCAAAGUAGUCAAUGUGUUGAUUUGGAGUUGUUUUUACCUCAGUGUAAUCCCAAAAAAGAAAAAAAAUCUUUAAUUUUGGAAAUGAGAGUUGGAACUUUCCAAGAUACAGUUGACAGUUGUCUGUCACAUGCUUGAAAAAGGCUCCGCUGACAUAGUUUGGUAAAGCACAACUACAUGAUAUGUAUGUAGUGAUACUUUGGUAUGGAUGUAAAGAUAUACAUACACUUCACACUUUGUUUUGCGUUGACAUUUUUCUGGAUGAUAAGAAACUGAAGAGCUGGAUGGGAGUAACUGUGUUUUUUUCUAUUAACAGCUUUAUCCAGAAUAUUAUGAAAUCAUCAAAGAACCUAUUGACUUGAAAACAGUGUGCACAAAACUAAGGGUAAGUUAAUGAAAUUACUUAUGAAGAAGUUAAUUGAUGUCUUAAGGAAAUUUAAGUGUCAUUUUGGUAUCAUUUUAAGCAUGUUGUUUCUCUUUCUUGCUAGGCCAUGCAACUAUGUACACCAUGUGGCUACUAAUAAAAAAGAUUUUUGUCUGGUGGUUGUAUAAAUAGUUUGUACAUACAAUAAUAAUUAUUAUUAUUGUAUGUAUAGUAUUGCACUGAAAUUUCAGGUGUGGGAAAAUCGCCCUUGUGUGUGAUAAUAGAAUAUCAGAUUUUUUCAAUCACUCCUGAACUUCAACUACAGUACUUUGUCAUGUAAUACAGAGUAGACGUGUGCAUGGAUUCUUUCUAACAUUUUAAAUAUUCGAAGACAUGGGAAAGGUUCAUAGUAGAUGUUCAAUCAAACUUAAAAUGUUUAUUUGUGUUGGAUGUGCUUCUAAACAACAUUAUUGUCAACCAGUGAUGAUACAAAUCAUGGAAUAUUGAGUAGAAUGUGUUUUGUUUUCAGAAUAACCAAUACACUUCUCUAGAGGAAGCUGAGAGAGACUUGCUGUUAAUGGUAAAAAAUGCCCAUGCCUUCAAUGAACCAGGCUCUCAAGUCUACAAGGUUUGUUAUUAUAGAUAAAUUUGUUAUUCAGAAUUCCACUUUCUGACAAGAUAAGAAAAUAAUAGUAUUACUGUUUUAUGCAGAGUGAAAGAGAUAUACAGAUUGCUGUACAUGUACAUCUUAUACAAGCUGUGUACUUGCAUUAAUGGUACACAUAAUGUCUGUAACAGGUUCCUUAUAUGCUUGUACAUCUAUGUUUAGUUCACUACCGUACAUUUUUGGCCAUAAUAAAUUAUAUUUUUUCACCCAGUAAAGCAAAUUGCUAUCCUCAUCACUUUGAAAUGAAAGCUGGUAGAAUGACAGUGAAAAAGUCUCUAGAGAUGAAACUCUUUCUCACCAACUGUUUUUUUUCAGGAUGCAACUGCUAUAAAGAAGACUAUUCAUACAAAGAAAGCUGAGAUAGAUCAUGUACUAAUGGGUGCCAAGUCAAGCAAAAGAUUGAAGUAAGUUUGUAUUUACAUUUGAUUUAACUCUAAGGCUGCAGAAUUGUUGUCGCCUGUAUGUGGUAUCCACUUUUCUGCCAUUACCUAUCCACCCUUGCUUUUUUCUUACUCUUAUAAGAGUGCCGAGUGUCAGGUCGGGCACCAUGCAGCUUGUUGCAGGUCUUAUGAAUCCCCCUUCCUCAUCCAUUGGUGACUUGACUUCUAGGGUAACUGAUCUAAUUAUUUCAUUUGUAGAGCACGUCGUAGUUCUGGUAAAAUGAGCACAGCUGUAACAGCACUGUUAAAUGAAAUAGAAGAAUAUGGAGAAGAGGGUCUUGACAUGCCACAAGAAGAAGCUGAGUUUUACCCAGAUGACAGUGUACAUGGUCAGUUCAUUUAUCCUACACUCCUCUCUGCAGUACCACUGAUUCUUAGGCAGAAGCAUGGGGUUAUAGAGAGGAUCUAUUGUCUUGAUUAUUUUCAAUUUUUCCUUUAAAUUUUUUUAUAUUAAUGUCUUACUUUGUGUUACUUUUAGGAGAUGAAGAAAGUGUUGGAGGUGCAGAUUCAGACAAUCCUCUGAUGAUGUUAUUCAAUGAAGUACACCACUUCACUGAUCCAACUGGGCGGGCUUUGUCAGAACCUUUUCUCAGAUUGCCAUCUAGGAGGUUUGGUUUCUUUUUUUUUUUCGUUACAAUAUACAGAAUUUUUUAAAUCUGAUUACACAUAUUUUUGUAAGUAUUUCACCUUUAUGCAAAACCAAUGCAAAGUAAGAUUAAAAUCAAACCAGUGAACUACAAUGUAGCUAUUGUCACACACAUCUGAUCUAAUAUGGUUAUCAGAGUCCCCUAAUUGUUGAAUUUUGCAGGUGAUGUUAUCUCUUUCACUUGCUAACUAUUAAACUUUAUUCCCUGAUCUAUCUUAUUUUUAUGUUCAACUCAGAGCAUACCCUGAUUAUUAUGAAGUCAUCAAGCAGCCUAUUGCCUUAUCCAAAAUCAGGUCUCAGAUAAAGGUAAGAAAAAUCAAACCAUAGCUGCCAGUUACAGUUUGUAGGACAGCCCUGAAACCAAAGAAGGUUAUUUACUGUUUACAUAUACCAUGCGUUUAUCUUUAGACUGGCCAGUAUGAAAGCCUUGAAGAAUUGGAGAAAGAUAUGGAUUUGUGCUUUCAAAAUGCCCAAACGUACAAUGAACCCAACUCAAUGCUUUACAAGGUAUAAUAUUAACUGCGUAAAAUUUUGUCUUAUUAUAAAACUUGAAAUGUUUUUUUGUCUUCCAAAUAAUUAGUGCUACAAUAACUCUGAGGUAUACAUUCUUAGUACAUAUUUAGUAAUUCUGUGCAUUGUUUAAGUGUUCUCUCCCCACCCCUCCCCCUCCUCUCCACCAUAGUCUAUUCUCCCACCCAAUUUGUAACCUUGAUUUUGUUUUACAGGAUGCUCAUAGAAUGCAAGAACACAUGAAGAAAAAGAAAGUAGAAGUGGUGAAAUACAUGGAAGAGAAAGGAAUUUCAUUGGAGGAAUACAAGGUAGUGAUUUUAAAGCGUCUUUAUACCACUGUCUUGUAGUGAUGCCAACUGUCAAGUGAUAGUCUAGUGGUUUUGAAGACAAGAAAAUGCAGAUGAAGAGUUUAGAAAAUGAAAGAGAAUAAGGGUUUGUCAAUGUCACUGUCACACAGAUGAAGUGAAAGCCCUCAGAGGGUGGUUACUUGCAUGGUUCUCUUGAAAAAUAGUAUACUGUAAGCUAAAAAUAAUAUCACUGAAUUUUUCUGCUGUGGUUAUAACAAGUAAUUUUGUCUCAUAAGUGAUUACGUUUAACUGAUAAAGGAAAAAUGUCUGUACUGUUCCCUUUUUUCAUGUUUAUUUUAGAGAAAAAAGAAACCCAAAAAAAUGGAAACUGAACCAUCAGCUGCAAAAGAGGAAGCUAGUGCCAGUGUUGUUUACAGAAAACCAAAAACUGAAGUCAGAAAACCCAAGAAGAGCAAAAAGACAGAAGAAGUUGAUCCUAUUGUGCUGAGGAAGAGGAUGCGCCAGCUUUAUAAAGCUGUGGUAAACUAUCAGGUAAUAUGAAACACAUGUCAGCUUUAUAAUUUGGUUUCUCUGUCAGUAGCUCACUUAUCAUUAUUGCAUGGUUAAUUGCUUCUGAACAGGGCUGUCACUAAUAUUUCAAGUUGUCUGAUAUAAUUAUGCAUUUAGUAGGCAGGACAUUGAACAGCUAGAAAGUUCCUUAAUUGGUUCUACAUAGUUUUCAAUAUUUCCUUUUUUUCUCAGUGGUCUGAACAUAUCUAUCUUUGUAGUUUUGUGGCUUUGUGUGUUCGUAUCUGUGUUGUAGGGUGAUGGGCCAGUAAGCUUAAGGUUGGAGGUACUAUGAGUUGAUGCUAGGAACCAAUGAGAAUGUGGCAUCUAAACAUAAUAUUUCUAAAGGUCAAACAAAUGCACUUUGAGACUGCCUUUUUGGUUCUUCACAAUUUUUUUGUCUUUUAUUACAGCUAAAGGUGUUUACAGGCAUAACAUUUAAAUAUCUUUAUGAUUCAAACACUGAGUACAAUGAUACAGAUGUUUAAGAGUUUAUAUUUUAGUAUGGGUGCUGCUUCAAGACAUUUAUAACCUAGUUCGGCUUUCUCGAACGGUACAACGUAUGUACUUUGUUUCAGAUUGAAAAUCGCAAAUCAUGUAGUCUGAAGCCAGUGGCACAUGUGUAUCUGAUUUAGGAUGAAAAGGGUAGAUUCUUGGUCGGGUUACACUGAGGCUUUCAAAAUAGCUCAUGUGUACUGAACAUGCCUAGUAUGUUGCUCUUUAUGAAAGUAGCUGGGGGUCAUGUUUAUAGGAGCCAGGGGAGCCCCCAGCCCUUACUGACAUCCCUGAGGAACAAUGCAAAUGGCAAUUAAUAAAGAAACCCUUUAAAUCCUUGUAGGAUGAAAACGGAAGAUACCUUUCGGCAAUAUUUGUGGAACUUCCCUCAGCACAGGUUUGGUGCUUUUCAGUUGUGUUUUUAUACGUAGCCUAUCUGUAGCUGUUUGAAACUAACCGCUGAAAGUGAAACAUUGGUGGUGACUUAUUUAUACGACCAUGUUCUUUAACUAGGAUUACCCAGAUUACUAUCAAGUGAUAUCUGAACCUGUUUGCUUGAGCCAGAUUGAGAACAACAUCAGAGAUAACAAGGUAAUUGAUUGUUAUGCUGUGGGAUCUACAGUAGCUUGAGAAAACAGCCGACAUUUGGUGAUGCUACCACUGGUUUCCCUGCCAAAUGACUUCUGAGAAAUGAGCGCUGAAAUUCCAUACUGAUGACGCGUCACUACCCAGAUCUGGGUGGUGCUUCUGAUUGUUAGCGGGAUGGGAAAUUUGAUUCAACUAAUCAGAAGCACUACCCAGAACUGGGUAAUAAUGCGUCAUCAGUAUGGAAUUCCUGCACUCGUCUCUGAGACGUCAUUUGGCGGAGAAACCAGUGGUAGCAUUGCCAAAUGUCAGCUGUUUUCUCAGGCUAGAUCUACGUAUAUAUAAGUAUGAAUUCAUGCCUACUAUAGAUAUUUUUAAGGGAAUAAAGUGGACAAAUCUUUACAUGUAGAUGUGCUUCAUUUGUAGCUUUGAACAAUUUUUACAUUCAUGUGGACCUUGAUAAUGAAACAAAAAAAAUUCUUGUUUAGAAAAUUUUAAACACUCUGUUAGAUUUUAUGCAUUGUAAUUGUUUAAGUGCUAUUAGUAGUUUUGAAUCCUCUUUUAGCUUUUGUAUUUUUAAUUCUUUGUUAUUUAAUUAGUUUUUAUUACUUUUAAAUUUUUCACACGACCACAUCAGCAUUGCUGUAAUCUUAUUGUGUAUAAAUAAAUGCUUUACUUACUUACUUACGUACCUAUUACAUCCAGAUUUAUGAUAGUCAUCAUUAUGAUCCUUAAUAGUUUAGGGCUGGAUAACAUUCACUUGCCUCUUGUUUUGUGAACUUAUAACAACGACACAAUGGUUUUUUUAUUUUUUUUAUUUCUGUAUUCAUUGCCACAGUAUUCUGGUGAGGAGGAUCUGAUGCUAGAUUUUGAAGUUAUGUUUGACAAUGCCAGAUAUUAUAAUGAAGAGGCUUCUCAAGUCUUCCAGGUUCAGUCCUCAUCUUACUGAUUCUUUUACUUUAAAUUUUCAUUAUUGUUAUUGCUUGUGGAAAGUCCACUGCUAGGUAACUCUACCUAUUUUGAUAAAUGAGCUUUAAGUGCUAAUGUCAUCCUCCCAAAGUCUUGGUUUUCCUUUCACAAGAGAAAAACAUAACUAGGUAUUGAUCAUGCUGUUUACACAUUUUUGGACAUUAAUUUCAUGCUAUUCAAGACAUAUGUUGUUUUAAAUUCUGUAAAAUGUUAUAAAGUAAUAGUAAAAAAUUAUUAUGAAGAUGGUAAAUGAUGGUGCCAAAUAUCUGGAAACUUUGGUUGUGGAAUUGUUAUCCUAUUGCAGGUCUGAUCUUUUGUCUUGUGUUAUAUAGGAUGCCUGUACUCUGGAGAAAGUGUUGAGGAAGAAAAGAAAAUCACUUGGUCCAGUUUACCCAGGUUUUUAUACAUUAGAACAUUAUCUGAUUAUGUGUAUGUCUGUCAAUAUCAUAACAUUUCCCUUGUAAACUGGGUUAUUCUUGAUUAUUUGCUGACUGGGGAUCUGUCAUGUAAUUGACGUGGGUUUUCAACAGUUACUUCUGCAGAAGGAGGUACAUCAGCUGGUCAGGCAGUACCUGCCAAACAAGCAACGCCCACAAAGUCUGGCAGAAUAUCGUAAGUUGCACCUACCUUACAUUAGGUUUUGUUCAUUACUUGCAUGGGGGAAACUGGAGAUAAUUUCUGAAAAAUGCUAAAAGUAAUAUGGUUUGUUCCAUUCCAUUUGGGAAGGUUAUGUAAGCAGUUUGUUCUCCCCUUAGGUCAAGUUUAAAAAUUUGUCAGACACUAACUGACUGAUUGUUUGAUUAUUUGAUUGUUUGAUUUUUUUUCUUAUAGCACAUCAUUCAUUUUGAAAAGUUAUUGUCAGGUUAUAUAACUUAAUGAUUGUCUUGUCAAGUGCAAAUUUGAGGGUAGUGUUAGACUCAAGUGCAAAGGAAGUGAUGUUGUAAUUUGCGCCAGACAAUGGUCAGUGGGAACAGACUGCCUUCUGUUUAAUACCACUCCACUUGACUGAAGACUGUUACUACUUAUCUGAUCCUCUUGCGCAAACAUUUCUAAAUGCCUUUACUGUGUUUAUUACUGGUAAGAGUCACAUUGAAGAAGAAUCCAGCGCAGCAAAUUUUUGUUGUAUAAACAUAUCCACCCAAGCCCACUAUUGUAGGUCUACAUUGUUAUCAUGUUGGAAACUUUUUGUAGAUCUUCACCUGUGUCAGCUAAGAAGUACAGCCAUGUACCAUCAGCAACAAAUGAGUUAAAAGAGCUCUGUCGAGAACUGUUUAAUGCUGUUAAAGACUGCACUGUAAGUUAUUUUAGUUUGUUGGAAUCAUUGUUUUCCUUAUCAUCAAUGAUUGGGGUUAUCAAGCAAAUAUUUUUACCUCAGAAAAUUGCAUUAAAGCAUUCCCUUCAGAUGGUUACAUUAAUUAUUUUAGUGUGUUAGUAAAUGUUACAGGUACAUUGUACAGUGUCUAGAUCUCUUAACUUAAUAUGCUUGUUAUGAUAUGUUGCUGUUGUUUUUACUCUUAGGACAGCCAUGGAAGACAACUUUGUCUCAUUUUCCAGAAGCUGCCUUCAAGAGCGGUGAGUAAACUGGGAAAUGUAAUUUGUCAGGGAAUAAAUGAACAACUCACUUUUGUGCUGGAUCCCAGGGCUGUCAAAACGUUUUUAAGUGGCAAGCUGAUGAUGAAUAGUAGGCAGCUUUGGAACUCGCACCAAAGGCACAAGUUCUUGAGGGCCAAAGCAUCUACGGACAUUUUGGAAUUAAGAGUCUUGGAAAUGCCAUUUCCAGGGGUUUGAAGACAUAUUUCUCCACCACGGAUGAUAUGUUGCUUCGUCAGAAUACACGUAAGACUGGGAACAAUGCCAUCAAAAUGUCCCAGGCGUUUCACAACACCACAUGGUUCGAAAGUUUCACAGAUCAAACCCUGUUUAAUUAUGCACUCAAUUCAUUCAUCAUCAUUAUUCAAUGGUACUUUUUUUGUUAGCAGUGAUGGUAGAAGGAGAUGAAAGUAGCUGGCUAAGGAUAACUAACUAGCCAGCGGUUUUGGCUGGCUACCGGCCCUUAAUGACAGCCCUGGGAUCCUCAGAACUUGGGUGAUUAAACUUAAAGUAAUAUAGCUUCCUUAUCAGGCAAGGAGAUUUUCCUUUCAGUUAAUGACUACAAUUUUUGUGUUUUAUUUAUUUAUUUAUUUAUUUAUUUUUUUCAGGAAUACCCAGACUAUUACACACUGAUAAAGAAGCCUAUAGACAUGUCCAAGAUAAACACUAAACUGUAUGGAGAUCAGUACCAGACCUUGGAUGAUUUCAUGUCAGACUUUCAGCUCAUGUUUGAUAAUGCUUGUCGAUAUAAUGAGCCUGACUCACAGGUUUAUAAGGUACAGUGCUCAGUUCAUAUAAUAUUGUGACUAUCUUGUUUUCCAAAAUAAGACUGAAAACUUUUUACACAAUUUUUUUGGGAGCAAGGGUGGCACAGUGGUGACAGUCCUCCCACCUUUGGUUCGAAUCCAGGGGUCAACACCAAAUGUGCUCCCAGAGGUUUUUCUUGGGGUACUCCGAUUUUUCCACUCUCCUUAAACACCAACCCUUUAAAAAUAAUUCCAAUUCGAUCUAGAACACAGACAAAUUUCAACGAAAUCUCAAGGACUCCUAACUGCUCCAUUGGUAAACAAAUUGCAACAGGGGAACACAUAUCACUAAGAAUAUGUGUUUCCCAGGUAGGGAAACACAUAUCACUAAGGAUAUGUGUUUCCCUGCUGGGGGAACACAUAUCACUAGGGAUAUGUGUUUCCCUGGGUGGGGGAACACACAUCACUAGGGAUAUGUGUUUCCCACGUAGGGGAACCCAUAUCACUAGGGAUAUGUGUUUCCCAGGUGGGGGAACACAUAUCCCUAGGGAUAUUUGUUUCCCAGGUGGGGGAACCCAUAUCACUAGGGAUAUGUGUUUCCCACGUAGGGAAAAACAUAUCACUAGGGAUAAGUGUUUCCCAGGUGGGGAAACACAUAUCACUAGGGAUAUGUGUUUCCCUCGUGGGGGAACACAUAUCACCAGGGAUAUGUGUUUUCCAAGUGGGGGUUCACAUAUCACUAGGGAUAUGUGUUUCCCAGGUGGGGGAACACAUAUCACUAGGGAUAUGUGUUUCCCAGGUGGGGGAACACAUAUCACUAGGGAUAUGUGUUUCCCAGGUGGGGGAACACAUAUCACUAGGGAUAUGUGUUUCCCAGGUGGGGGAACACAUAUCACUAGGGAUAUGUGUUUCCCAGGUGGGGGAACACAUAUCACUAGGGAUAUGUGUUUCCCAGGUGGGGGAACACAUAUCACUAGGGAUAUGUGUUUCCCAGGUGGGGGAACACAUAUCACUAGGGAUAUGUGUUUCCCAGGUGGGGGAACACAUAUCACUAGGGAUAUGUGUUUCCCAGGUGGGGGAACACAUAUCACUAGGGAUAUGUGUUUCCCAGGUGGGGGAACACAUAUCACUAGGGAUAUGUGUUUCCCAGGUGGGGGAACACAUAUCACUAGGGAUAUGUGUUUCCCAGGUGGGGGAACACAUAUCACUAGGGAUAUGUGUUUCCCAGGUGGGGGAACACAUAUCACUAGGGAUAUGUGUUUCCCAGGUGGGGGAACACAUAUCACUAGGGAUAUGUGUUUCCCAGGUGGGGGAACACAUAUCACUAGGGAUAUGUGUUUCCCAGGUGGGGGAACACAUAUCACUAGGGAUAUGUGUUUCCCAGGUGGGGGAACACAUAUCACUAGGGAUAUGUGUUUCCCAGGUGGGGGAACACAUAUCACUAGGGAUAUGUGUUUCCCAGGUGGGGGAACACAUAUCACUAGGGAUAUGUGUUUCCCAGGUGGGGGAACACAUAUCACUAGGGAUAAGUGUUUCCCAGGUGGGGAAACACAUAUCACUAGGGAUAUGUGUUUCUCAGGUGGGGGAACACAUAUCACUAGGGAUAUGUGUUUCCCAGGUGGGGGAACACAUAUCACUAGGGAUAUGUGUUUCCCAGGUGGGGGAAUAGAAUAUCGUUCUGGAAUAUCGUUAAAGACAUUUUCCUGGCCUAUAUUGCCUAAAAAAAAAAAGUUGGUAAAAUGGCCAUUUUUGGACCAAAACCAUGGGUUAACCCCUUUGGAAAAAUGUCAAUUUUUCGACUUUUCGAAGAUCUUGUUUUUAUAGCUUAGAAAGGCGUUGUUUCGUUCUAGAAUAUCACAUAUCACUAGGGAUAUAUGUUUCCCAGGUGGGGGAACACAUAUCUCUAAGGAUGUGUUUCCCAGGUGGGGGAACACAUUUGACUAGGGAUAUGUGUUUCCCACGUAGGGGAACACAUAUUUCUAGGGAUAUGUGUUUCCCAGGUGGGGGAACACAUAUCACUAGGGAUAUGUGUUUCCCAGGUCGGGGAACACAUAUCACAAGGGAUAUGUGUUUUCCAGGUGGGGGAACACAUAUCACUAGGGAUAUGUGUUUCCCAGGUGGGGGAACCCAUGUCACUAGGGAUAAGUGUUUCCCACGUAGAGGAACACAUAUCACUAGGGAUAUGUUUUUCAAAGGUGUGGGAACAGAUAUCACUAGGGAUAUGUGUUUUCCAGGUGGGGGAACAGAUAUCACUAGGGAUAUGUGUUUUGCAGGUGGGGGAACACAUGUCACUAGGGAUAUGUAUUUCCAAGGUGGGGAAACACAUAUCACUAGGGAUAUGUUUUUCCCACGUGGGGGAACCGAUAUCACUAGGGAAAUGUGUUUCACAGGUGGGGGAACACAUUUCACUAGGGAUACGUGUUUCCCUGGUGGGGGAACCCAUAUCACUAGGGAUAUGUAUUUCCCACGUAGGGGAACACAUAUCACUAGGGAUAUGUGUUUUCCAGGUGGGUGAACACAUAUCACUAGGGAUAUGUGUUUCCCAGGUGGGGGAACCCAUAUCACUAGGGAUAUGUGUUUGCCACGUAGGGGAACACAUAUCACUAGGGAUAAGUGUGUCCCAGGUUGGGGAACACAUAUCACUAGGGAUAAGUGUUUCCCAGGUAGGGGAACACAUAUCACUAGGGAUAUGUGUGUCUUAGGUGGGGGAACACAUAUUUCUAUUGAUAUGUCUUUCGUAAGUGGGGAAACACAUAUCACUAGGGAUAAAACCAGACUCAUUUUCGGGACAAGGCAGCUCCUAAGCAGGGUAUCAGACAUGCGAGUACCUUUCCUUUACCGAGAACUCUUUCCGGUGUCCCCAGUGAAAGACUUAGUCAUUAUACUGGACUCAUACCUGAAUUUUAACUAUCAUAUAAACACCUUAACAUCGUUUUCUCCUGUCCAUGUUAUGUCAGAUUAGUAAGGUGAGACAGCUGUUCACUAAGCCCGUCUUGUCAACUAUUUUGUAUUCCCUUAUUUUUAUUAAACGUGUUUACUGUUUCACUAUCUGGGCGGGCUCCUCUAGGCAAAAUCUACAGAAGUUACAAUUAGGGCAAAACUUUGCCGCUCGCGUAUUAGCAGAUACUAAAACGUUUGAUCACAUCUCUCCCGUUCUUUGGGAAUUAGGGAGGCCCUUCAUCAAAGAUCAGCUAUUAGUCAGUGAUAGUACCCAACAACACCAGGAAAAGGGAUAAUCUAAAUCUCUCUCUGUGCAAAACAGUUUUUGCCCAACGGUCAUUUUACUAUCGCUCUCUACGUGCCUGGAACUCUCUGACCGCAAACACUAGAAAUAGCCCAUCACUAUGUACCUUUAGAGGAGCGUGAAACGUGAAUUACAGGGGCAGACCCCAUACGUUAAAUAGUUAAUAUUUGAUUUGUGUUAGAUGUCCAAAAAGAUAACGUAAUUUUACGUGCAUAGUUUAGGCUUUUACUUUUGUACCAAGACUGUAAUUUAAUCAAUUUAAGCUUUUUCUACUUAUCCCCCAUUUGUAAAUUGACUUCAGAACUGGUGUACUAAAAGUUGUUUUAAUUAAGCAGUAAUUUUAUGUUUUCUUUAUUUGAUGGGUAGUGUUAGGAUUGCUGUUUGAUUUUUUGCAGGAUUCUUUAAGUCUUGCAAGAGAACUUUUGAGGAAGAAAGCAGAGCUUGUUGGUAAGUUAUUUAACACAUAAAAUUAUAGUAGGUAAGUCCUCUGAGCAAGAAUAGGAAUGCUGAUUAUGAAAGAUCAUGGCAGAAUUAGUUAUCUCUAUGUAUAGUUAGACAAUGUAAGUAAAUUAAUAUUUGUGGGGAAGUGAUGUUGUAAUUUGCGCCAGACAGUGUAAGUGGGAACAGACUGCCUUCUGUUCAAUACCACUCCACUUGGCUGAAGACUAAUACUACUGUAUCUGAUCCUCAAAAUCGAUAACCAGAGUUAAUACCAUCAACUGAACUUUGACUCUGAAGGUGACUACCACACUGGUUGUCAUCAGUCACCGUCAACAACAGUUCUAUUCAGGAUUAUGAUCACCAGGACGAUCAUGCUUCACCUACAAUGAAUAUUACCAGUCCUUGAAAGGGAUCUCUCAAUGUGAACACUAGUAAUAUUUCUCACAAUUAUCCUUGCCAUAUUGUAACUUUUUGAUGAUUUUUUUAACUCGUUAUGCUUUCUGUAGAGUGACAAAUGUACUUUUUAUAUAAUUAACAGUCCAGUUAGCUGGAUUAAGGCAUGAUUUGUAGAUUUUCUCCUUUCUGAUCAGGUGAAGAGAGCAAAGUGCCCAACAUGCAGGAUGUAGUUCGCAAACUUCUCAAUGCACUCUACCAGUCUAUUAUGAAUCACGUGGUAAGAUGUACUUUUAAUUGAAGGCCUGUGACAUGAAACUACCUUCAAAAAAUUCACGCAAAAUACCACUGGAGUUUUCCAGGUACUUGUUGGACCUAUUUGUCAGAAAAGAAAAAUGCUCAGAUUAGAAUUGAAGGACACUUUUGAUUUCGAGAAUAAUGAAAGUGUAUUUAACAUCAAGUCACACUGAAUAAAGACCAACGCCCAAGGCAUUUGACCUCGUUGGGCCUGCAAAGAAUUCUGUAACUUGAACAACAACAACAAGAAAAACUAUUGUGUGUCUUGACCAAAAACGUUUUCUUCUCUUCAGCUAGAAGGUGACCAGAAAAUGGCUUGACUAACUUGAAACAGCACCACCGUUUUGAACAAAAUCUCCAGAGUUGAAUGAGUUAAUUGAUGAUAUCUAUCCAAUCUCAAAUCAACAACAUCAUCUAAAAAUAAUGUCUUCAUUUAUUACAUUGGAGUUUUUCUUUUUUUGAAUAAGGAUCCGUUGUUAAUGUCUGGUCUGUUGUGUUGCUUUAAGGAUGAGGAAGGGCGCUGUUUUAGUGAUUCAUUAACAGAAUUAUCUGUUCUUCAAGGAGGUGGUAGCAAGUAUGUACAUUGUCAUUCAGACAUUUAUUCAUGUUUUCAAAAACCUUACUCUGUAACUUAAAUAAGAUUGACGUAAUUACAUCAGUAUUUAUCAGUUUUUUAAUUGCACCGUGUUUAAUGUACAAUGUCAUUUAUCCUUUAACUCUAGACGCUUGUCCCUGAUCAGUAUUGGAGAAGCGCUCAGAAAGGUACGGGAAAGAAUCUACAUUAAAUUAUCCACAUUAUUGAACUUUUAUGGUUCAUUCACACAAAAUAAAGGAUUUAAAAUUCACUUGUGUCUUUCUUUUCCAGGGCCAAUACCGCAGGCUGGACAGAUUUCAAGAAGACGUUUUUGCGGUUUUGGAGAAAGCCAGGGAAAUAAGUCGGUCAGAUUCUGAGGUGAGCUGGCAAUAGUUAUUGACACCCGUGGUUAACAACAACAAGUGGUAACAAUACUAUUACUGAUAGAGAUUGAAAUUCUUAUUCACGUUAUUUGUGUUAGACAAUGAUACAGCAACCUUAAUCCCAGGUUUAGAGAACUCUGGGAACGAGUUUGAAGAUACAGCUGCGUUAAAACCAAUAUGUUGAAAAAAUUGUUGUCACUCUACCAGGUGAUGGCGUAAACAUAAUCAAGAUAUUGAGUGUGCGUGUAUUAAAGCUAUUAUGAUGUCAAGUGAAGUAAUUUUCAACAGUAGUAAUAUCAAUUUUGACUUUUCCUAGAUGUAUGAUGAUGCUGUUGAGUUACAGCGGUUGUUUUUGAGCCAAAGGGACAAACUUUGUAAAGAUGGUGAGAGGUUUGUGUCUCCAGCCCUUGUUAUCAUCAAAAGACACCUGUCUCAGGAGCUGGAUGAGGAAAGAAAAACCAAAGCUGAAGCAGAGGCCAAAGAAGAUGCCAAGCAACAGGCCACACAGCAGACACAGGUGAGUAAAGACAUGUUUGAUUUAUGGCCGUUCAGAAUAAGGUUUUCUCUGCUUAAAACAUUUGUCUUAGAAGGAGUGACAUUUGGUUGAUACCUGACGUGCAGGGCAGGCAUUUUUGGAGGGAGGGGGGAUGUGAGCACUAGUAUUCACUAGAGUGUCUUUCGCCUCUAUCACAUGUUCAGCUCUCCCCAAUCUUUCUCUGCCUUCAAAAUCAAAGAUGAUGACCAUACAGAGGAAAAGUAAAAAAAAAUACUUAAUUAAUAGGCCAUUUUACAGUUGUGUAUGGAAGCGAGGCUGAGGGUGACCUUGUUUUGAUACAAACCUUCCUGCUUUAUUAUGUAAAUCAAGUUAUUCUUAUGCUAACCAGUAUUUUUCGAGAACAAUUUCCAUAACAAAGCAAAGAAGGUUUGUAUCAAAACAAGGUCACCCUCAGCCUCGCUUCCAUCCAUAACUGUAAAAUGGCCUAUUGGCGCAUUUGAAUAUAUUUAUAUAGAUAUUUGCGCCUUAAAAGUUUUUGAAAUUAAAUUAAUUAAUUAAUUACUUAGCACCCUCUUGCUUGAAGAAUAGGCGAAUACGUUUAAUGAAAACUGCUGAUUACUGAAAGCACAACUGAUUGGGAUAGGGGUACAAAAAGAGAAAUUACGAGAUGAUAGGGGCAGUUCCUUAAACUGUAAUAACAAUUAUAGCUGUAUUGAAGGAGUAAUAUGCUUCAAAUCAUGUUACAGGUACCAGUCAGUGAUGAUGCAUGUCAACAGGAGAUGACCUACAGAGAAUUUCAAAUCCAUGUUGGGGAUUUUGUCCUUGUAGAACCAAGGUAAUUACUCAUAGUUUAAACAACUCUUCAGAAGAAUGGUCAAGUAAUGAGCAAUCUUGGCACCUUUGGCCUCAUAACACUUCAGUAGAAUUAUGACUGUAGUAGGUUAAAUCAAUUUUCAGACUAAACCAGUCGUGAGUAUACAUUGUUUUAUUUAGGAUUUCCUUGUUUCGUGGCCCUAAAAUUGACCGAAGAAAACUACGUUUUAACCUUGGAACAGAUUUUGUGACAGCAUAACCAUUUCCUGGCGUGACGACUAGAGGAGAAACUGGGGCCAAAGGAAGCUGGAAUCAUGUACACAUCACACAAUCCCAAACAUUAUGAAACCCUUCAGCCCUUUAACGUGUUGAAUGUGGCAUAACUUUAAAAGUUUUUUUGAGAUACUCUUUAUAAUUGACGCCAACACCUCUCCAAAACAGGAUGCAAAUUUCACAGUUUAAUGAGUAUUUCUUCAUAUUCCAGGGAAGAGAAACUCCAGCCGCAUGUUGUGUGUGUUGAGAAACUUUAUAAGGAUGGCAGUGGUGAACAGGUAAAGAAUUGUUCCAAGUCUCUUGGGAUAAACUAGCAAUAUAUUAUAACAGGCUUUUCCUUCUUAUAUAACACUACAAUAAAAAAUGUGCUUGGUGUGCUUGACUUCUACCAUCUCUCCAUCAUCAGUGGCUGUUCGGGACCUGGUUCUAUCGACCUGAGGAAACAUUCCACACUGCCACCAGGAAAUUCUUAGAAAAGGUAAGAGCACCUCUAUGCAGGCUGUUUAUUUUCUUAAGCCCUCAAUUGUACCAACAGUAUUUUGUACCAAUGAUUUUAUUGGUAAGUUCUUUUAAAUUCUUGUCACUGGGGUGAUAAUAGCCUCCUACGCAGACAUUCUUAGGGCUUCGUCCCAUGUUCCUGCCCUUGGAACUUCUAAAUGGGUGACUAGCUAGGGUGAUUACAGACAAACUAUAAUACUAUGACGCUAUUGUUAUUUGCCCUUUCAGGAAUUGUUUAAGAGUGACUACUGUGCAUCUUCUAAACUGAGUCAAGUGAUGGGGAAAUGCCAUGUCAUGUUUGUUAAAGACUACUUCAAACAAAAACCCGAGGUAUAAUUCUCUUGGUAUUAUAAUUUUGUGAGAGAAGGCCAAAAACAGCACUUAUCAAGGGAAAGGCUUAUCAAUGUAGCUUCUGUACAGUAUUGGAAUCUUUUGUCAACAAACGUAGAUCUCAAUAUCAAUGAUACGUGUAUGAGAAUAUACCGGGCAGUAAAUAUCUGGAAUUAUGUCUAUAAGUGAAGUAGCUGUUUCUUUUACAUCACAACAACACCAAUUAAAAGGAGCUCUCAUUUAUUUUUUUAUAGUUUAUUGUUAUGUGUAAUUUCUUUUGAAGAACUUCAAAGAUGAGGACGUGUUUGUGUGUGAAUCAAGGUACAAUGUGAAGACGAAGACUUUCAAGAAGACAAAGGUAAGUCUCUUCUGUACAGCUUCUGUAUUCUGUCUCUUGUCUCAUGGCCUUGGAAACUUUUUAUCAUCAGUAAGACCCUUUACUAAUUGAGUCACAGAGCUAUAAUGGUUAACAUGUUUCAUUACACAGAUAAAUCAUGAUUUAGCUUCAGUUUUUAAUUUUGUGUUCUUUUUUUAAGGUUUGGUCUGUUCCUCGAUCAAAUGUCACUCUUGUGACGAGAGAAGAACCUUUACAACCCAAGCGAGUGCCCUCUGUUUUUGCUGAUAACAAAGAAAACAGAGUGCAGCCAAUGGAAACUGAAGUGGAAGGUCAAAUUCAUGAGGAUGUGAAGAAGGUGAACAUGGUUUAAACGCUCCAGUCCUAAGGUUAAACAUUUAAGUAAACUGUGAGUUUGUAAAAAAUGAAAAACCAGGGUUUACCUCCAAAAUACACAUGCCGUCGUUCAAUUUUUUUUGCUGUAAUGCAAAUUAUAUUUUCAUACAUUGUUAUCUGAUAACAGAAAACAAAGGAGCAUAAAAUUUUAGCAAAGGUAAGAUUAAACAAAAAAAAAACAUGCAUUAAUUCAUCAAACCUUCCAGCUAUUUAUCUUUUCUUCUGCUCCCCUCUUCUUCGUCUGUUUCUUUCCUGUUUCCUCUUUUCUUCAAUCCUCGUUUCUUUUAGUCAUUUAUUUAUUUAUUUAUUGCCAACGAGGCAACCGAGCUAAGAAGCGAGGUUGACUCCGCGGCAGAAUUAUAACGCCGUGCAAUGUAGGCAGAAACUCUCAAAUUCUGCGUAACCCUCUAAAAUUUGCAUUUUUGACCAUAUUUGGGUGUAAGUAAGACCCCACAUUUGGGUAGUGACAUCAUGGUCUUGUAUUUAAACACGUGGUUCAAGAUUGGGUGAUUCAGUGUGAAGCUGUUCGUUGUCUGUUCAAGAGGGCCUAACUGGUGAGCAAGCUUUAAUACGAUUUCUAGUUUGAAAGGGCAAUUAGUGCUCUGGUUUGCUUUAUAAAUUGCGUUUAAAGCAGCAGCUGAUCAAGGAAUAGGGUUUUACGCUCAAAUUUUUGUCAGAACUAGCUUGUUCUUUGCAGCGCUAUUUACAUUGAGGUAGCGUGUUCGCUUCUCGACUCAGAACCAGGGUUUUCAGUGUUCUCUUUUCCUUUGUGAAUUGAAUUUUAAGCGGUAGUUGAUCAAGGCAUAGGGUUAUUUUCUCAAAACUUAUAUCAGAACCAGAGUGUUCUUCGCAGGUCGAUUUACAUUGAGCCAGUCCUCACCUUCCGUGAGGAAUGCAACGUAUUUGCGGACCUAAUAUUUUAGAAUUUAUUUAUGUCUUUCGAGAGAUUUUGUCAACCAGCACGUUUUUUUGCUACUCGAUUUGCUUUUAGACAGCCCAAAACUCCCGUGAGGAAUGCAACGAAUUUGCGGACCUUCUGUUUUGAACACUAUCAUUAUGCCUUUCAAGACACUCUUUGUCCUGUGACACUCGCUCAUUAGAUCUUUGUAUUUUAUUCAAGUUUAUAUUUUUAUACCUCUGAUACAUUCCGCCCCAUUCUUGCGCGCUUUUCACACAUUUUACUUUACACCAUAUUUUUUCUUAUGUAUAUUACCAUGCGAAAUACUUUUCUUAUCCCUGAUGACGCUGUUGCUCGGAAUUUAAUGAUUAUUUUUAAUUUCAGCAGUCAAAGGCCGCGUUUGAACUAUAUUUUUCUUUCUAACGUUUAUAGCUUUGAUACAAUGGAAUUUUCCAUGAAACAUAAUUGCUAACUUGCUCAUAUUUACCAACAAACAAAGCUUCAAGCCAUGUGUUUAUUGUUUAAUAAAUGUGAAAGCCUAGAAUGUGCCAAAGUUGUUGUUUUGAAGUUGGGUGCCAUCCUUUUCUAUAGCGGAAUCCAUGUUAGACCUCUAAAAUUCAGAAAAAAAAAAAUAUCUCGAAGACCUGAAUAGGCACAUUCCACAAAAGAUAAACGAAUUCGCCUCGUUGGCACUUGCCGGAAGGUAUCCCUAAUAUAUUUAAUUAACCUCCUUCUCUUGCCUCUGAUCUGGGUUCGCCACAAAUGUCUGCGACAAAGAUGACCAUUAAUGCAUUACUUUUAAUAGCAGAGAAAUUUACUUCUAUGCCUGAAUGCUUUAUGUUUAACUAGAAUGUUAUCCUGGAGUCACCUCAAAAUGCAGAGGAGGGAUGUACAUACUACGAACAGUUUUGUGUCAGGGAUACUCCUUUUAAACUUGGUGAGUAGUCAGUUUUUUGCAUUUUUUCUCUAACUUUAUUCAGUCUUUAAUGUCUCUUCCAGGUAUGUACAUGUGAAACUGAGUCAGCCUUAAGACAUUUAAAAAUAUUUUUUGUCGUCAUUACAGUCGUGAGUUCAUGUGAGUCAUUCACACCUUGUAAGGUAAUCCAAGACAGUCUCGGUUUCCAUGUGCUAAGUACUGGAUUCCAUCAGCGUGGAACUUGGAUUCCACAUGCCAAUCGUUUGUGGAAUUCUGGAUUCCUUGAGCUGAAUUCCGGAUUCCAAAGCAAAGGAUCCCAGAUUCUGGAAAAAUUUGUGGCUUCCGGAAUGUGGCUUACCUUAUAUGGGGUAAAGUAAUGCUCAAUUUGUGGGCAACAUUAACAGAUACUUAAUAUAUUAAUAAACAACAAGGCUGCAGUGAUAAUUUACAAACUCCUUUUUGUCCUUCUCAGGUGACUGCAUAUAUGUAAGGUCAGAUGAGGGUUAUUUGUGUAUGGCCAGAAUUGAUAAAUUAUGGACAGAUAGAAGGUAUGUAAUGACCUAUAUGUCUAGCAAAGUCUGUUGUGAACACAAAACCUCUGCUGGCAUAAUCGUGCUGGUUGGUGUAACAAGUGUAAUGAACACUCCUUAACUUUUCUCUGUUACUGAUUUUUGUACCUUUCCCCGAUCCAUCACGCAGUCUCUAUGAAACUUGAGGAUAAUAAGAGACAAGAAUAAAAUGUUUGUUUCAUUUUAGCGGUCAAACGUGGUUCCAUGGUCCGUGGUUUAUAAGUCCAGCCGACACUCAGCAUCUUCCUAGUAGAAUGUUUUAUGAAAAAGAAGUAUUUCUGAGUUCUCUGGAGGAAACUAUGCCUGUUGCAAGUAUUGCGGGCAAAUGCUGUGUUCUGCCAUUCAGGGAAUAUGUUAGAUGUAAGAUUCUUUCUUUCUUUCUUUCUUUCUUUGCUUUUUCUUUGCUUUAUGUAACUGGGGAAUUAAGGAUCAAUUACUGUUAGAAUGAUGUUUUAUUAGACCCGGUUCAGACGCCGUACUUUUCUUGUGCUGAGCCUAAUUCGAAUUAGGGCCGAGCGACCCAAAUCAUUUAGAUCGGCUGAAUGAUUCAGACGCCGAUCUUAAUUCCACUCAGUGAGUCCUUUGAAGAAGUACAACAAAAUGAUAAGUUUUUGCAUCACUGGAAACUUGGAAAAAUUAUCCGAGCCCACAGGAUGCGAACCCACAACCCUCCGUGAUCUAGUCGGAUGCUCUAACCACUGAGCUACUGGAUACUCGAUGGUGAGCAGUCACAUAGUCAAACCAGCCUGGACAAGCACGUAUGACUCAUAACUGCAUCACGUAGUCACAUUAAUGCAUAUCGUACAUGCAACCAUUUAACCACCAAGUGAGUCUUUUUGUACAAGUACAACAACAUGAUACGUUUUUGCAUCAAAUGGAAAUUAAAAAUCAAUUUCAGCCGAACAAAAUUCAAAAGGAGAAAAAUGCUCGUUUCGGCAGAGUGCUUGCAAAAGACGUUAUUAUAAUUUAUACAUUAGGUUCGGGACAUGAAAAGUUCAACGUCUGAAUCAAAGCUAUUCCAAAGUCACUCUAAAGGCGGAAUUCCUGGGCGAGCUAGGCGUGAAGAACGGCUGAGCCUUUACAUAUUGAAGUAGGCGUUCCUAAUUAAUUCAGACGUCAAACUUUUCAUUAAAAUUCAGCGCAUUAGGUUCUGCUCGUGAAAAGGUCGGCGUCUGAACCGGACCUUAGGAUGAACAAUCGGUGUCGUGGUGAUAACUGAAAGGCAGAGAUAAACCGUAUCCUCCCUGCAUUCGUUCAAUGUACAGAGGGUCUCUUUCACACGUCAUUUAUUUAUUCCGUCAUUCACUGACGGACGGACUGACUAACUAACUAACUGACCCAAACAAUGAGAUUGACGUAGUGGUUUUGUUGCGAACAGGCCGCCCUACAGAGAUACCUGAGAAAGACAUUUACCUCAAUGAAGCUCGCUAUGAUGAAGAGGAGGGACAGUUCCGAAAACUGAAAGGAUUAAAGGUGCUUUGAAGUUUGACGGAAAUAUAUUCAUGAAUACAUUACUAAUGAACAAAUGAAUAAAUAGGCUGUUCAGUCGAAAAUGUUUAGUUUUACCAGAAGAGUGGAUCGCGCUCAAAAAAAUGCAAACAAGGUAGUGAGGUUAAUUCAAAAUUGGUUAUCAUAGGGGGUUUCAAAAAUUGUCGUUUUGGAAAAGCAGUAAUCAUUUUUCAAAGCAAAUCAUACUGACACCUUUUGUCUGUAACCUCCCCUCCAACGCUUCUACGCCACAGUUCUUUGGGUCAAAGAAAAAAAUCUACACUUGCUGGAAAAUUUUAUCACGAAUACUGGUUUGACUUCUUUUCUGUUAUUUUAAUCUGCUACUUAUGUUUUUCUACUUAUUUCCUCGUUUAUAGCGUUACACCCUGACUGUCACUGUUCAAGAGGAUGAAUACUAUUUCUUUGAAAAACCAAUCACACCAGGAAAGGUUAGUACCUCAGUAAACGGUACAGAUCGAAUUAUUGGAUUAGUGAUUUAUUGCCCACUUAUGGAAUUUUUUUUAAAAUUUAAAUUAACUUGUUUGUUAAUGAUGGCUUUUAUAGGCGCCGUCUCCUCUGUUGAUUGAAGACAUGGAUCAGUUAGAAGAUGAACGUAGUCAUUCUCCUGCUCUGAGCUCUAGUGACGGUGCAACUGGUGAUAGCAGCAAAGUAAGUCUUCCAUAUUUAUGUUUAUUUCGUACCUCUAUCUUGAAGCCUUAAUAGUAACCAACAACUAGUUUGAUAUUACCACUUAAACCCCAUGUUAAAUGGUUGGGAUUUGGUGAGAUCAUACUUGUCAAUCGGUCACAACGUCUCCUUGUCAGAUGACCUUGUAGCUCUGGGAAGACCUCACGGGAUUAGUCGGGAAAACAUGAACAAACAAAGUUAACAAUGAAACCGAGCCCGAAAACAAAAGAUCUGCGACCCAUAGGGGUCCAAUUAAAUAAGAGGUUCUGAAGGGCUGCAAGGCUACUGGGGAUGAUCAUUAAUAGCUGAAAAAUAGCUGAAAUCUCAGAUUUUUAAACUUCUUAACGUGUACAAAAUCAUUGCAGUUAUAUACACAAUAUAAUUAGUUGCAAAAAGAAACCAUUAAUGUGGUACAUUUGGUACCGCUUCUGUAAAACUAGACGCGGUACAACUUGCAUUUUAUUUCGUUUCCAUUUUAGAAGGUGAAGAAGCCGCGAAGUCAGUCAGGUUACCUUGUGUUCUCUCACGAGAUGAGAGCCUCCAUUAGAAAGGAACAUCCAGAGUAUGCAUUUGGUGAAAUAAGUCGGAUUAUUGGAGUUGAGGUAAUCCGCACAACAGCCUAAACUGUCAAGCGUAAAACAUACCUCAAUACCCUUCAAUGUAGAUGCAAGCAUAUUUCUAUUCCAGUCUCCUUUGUAUCAAUGAAAAAGGAACUUAACUUUAUUUUAGCUAUUAAGUAUUGCUGCGUUGGGUGCCAAUGUGCUUAGAAUGCAUAAACAAUGACCCUGAAGACUAGAACAGAUUUCCUUUACGUGCCACGCAUUUUUCAAUGUCGAAGAAUUUGUAUACUACAGUAAAAACCCACAUAUAAGAACCUAGAUUUUUCUAACUUAGCCAAAAUAGGUUCUUAUAGAAAUGGUAUUUAGUGGGAUUUUAGGCUACUGCCACUCCAAAUCCAUGAUCAAACGCGAUUAAAAUUGUUUUAUCUACGCAAGGAGUAGCCCUCUGAAGGAAGGGCACUGUGCUCUCUGAUUGGGGCGGAGAGAGGACAUUUUUUUGUUUGUUAGGGCUUCCGUCCUUGUUCCUCGCGGCUUCGCCGCUUACCCCUCGCGCGUGCUUUCGAUCUCACUAUGGCUCUAAAGAAAAAUAAGAGACUGCUUACAGUCUUGAGUUACGUUAUUUUGCGAGUGUUGUCACGAGACAAGACUUAAAGGGCAUGUUAGUUUAAGAUCCGGCGUCGCAAUUUCUGGGCGAGGUCUUCUUUCUUUAGACAUGUUAGUUGAAGACCGGUUCGCUGGAAAUUACCCUCUAUAUGUAGUGUUUAAAAGAAGUUUGUGGUUGUGCUUAAGAGUUUGUUAUGUUGUUUUGCUGUCUAGUGGCGUAACAUGAGUGCACAGAAGAAAGCAGAGUAUGAAGCACGUGCUCAAAUGCAGCCUACUCCGACUGAAUCAGAGGUAAGCUAGGCUGACCUGGGGUCAAUUUAAUAAAACUUUUACGCUUUCACAUUUACAAGUGAAGCCAUUGUUUAAGAGUAUGAAAACAAUAGCUACACUUGUAAAUUACAUUUGCAAAAGUUUUUUUAAAUUGACCCCUGAAUACUGCUAGCAAUUGACUCAGUAUAAUCAUGCUCCAGGCGUUCAGAUAGUUGGCAGCGGCGCCAAGGAAAGAAAGCCUGGGAAGGAAGAGGGGGACUGGGGCGAGCGGCCAGGGAACCGCGCCCAACUAUCAGGACGCCUGGAACAGGCUAUGUUAUUUUAAAGUAAGUUCUUUGAAUGUGUUAUUUUGUAAAUCUCUGUAAAUUAUGUCAGGUAUUUAAAAAAAGAUACACUGACUUGGAGCUGAGAUCUAAGUCAUUUUCUUAAACGGCUUAAAUGGGAGUUUGGUUAACAAUGUGAAGUAUACACCAUUGCUAUUUUAUUUUACCGAUCAAGGGACAGCAUUCCCGAAAAGUCACGGUAUUUCAAGCCAUUAUCAGUUGACUAGAAGAUGAUUAUAGCUACAGCCAACAAACGUAACUAUUGAGUAACAUGCCGGCACCUUUUUUUAUUGAGCAGUCAACUGAGAGCGCCAGCAGCCAGGUGCUACCAAGUGGUCCUGUUCUUGCUUAUGAGUGCUUAUGGAGAGGCUGUGAUUAUCAGUAUGAAGAUCUCCAAGAACUCAAGAUACAUCUGUUAGACAGCACUUGCCAUCUCAGAAAAUCUGGUACAGUUUUUUCUAUCUUCAACCAUUUUCUUUUUUUCCGGUUGAUUUCCUUGCCUGACAUCACGGUUAAUCUGGCCGAAGGCCGAUGAAAAGUUUUUUCAGAAGGAAGAAAACAGUUAAAGAAAAUUCCCACGUAAUCUUUUAAACCGAAUUUCUUGCGUUGCUAUUUCGGUGACACGGCGUCGUGAUCAAGGGUUUUUCUAAUUGGCCAGCCACUUCAAGAGUUGUACGUUGAAUGCAUCUGAUAGCUAGCAAUACACCAAGACGUUAUUGCUUAUUCUAAAAGGGUAAAACUAGUAGCCUCCUAGUUUCCGACCGCAUUUCACGGUCAUUCGGUGCGUUUCGUCACAUGAUCUCGCUUUGGACAUGUGACAAGUGUGAAGGGGUGCCCUGACCUUUUUGUAUAUUAAUGUUUAUCGAAACUUUUUAGAGAAUAGGUGAUUGCUUUAGCGAAAAAGCUAACGUUCAGAUAUGUUUUGUUGUACAGAGGAUGGAUUUUUUCAUUGUUUAUGGACUACUUGCAUGAGGGAACGACGAGGAAUGAGGUAAUCUACAAACCGCUCUGUAGGUCGUUAAUGCGCAUGCCCCGUGUGCGUUAGUGUUUUGUUUUGCGUUACACUGGAAAGCCCUGAUUUGUGGAAGCUGUGUAUAUGUGAGCUAUUCUUACAUUAGAAUGUUGAAAUGCACUCAGUAUGCAUUUCAAAGUUCGUUAUUCGAAGACUGCGCUGCUCGCUGCAUGCUUUCACAUCUGUUAGCCUUUGUGUAGCUAGUUGUUGCUAAUUGGCGCACCAGUAUUAUUUAUAAUUAUUUAUUUAAUAUCAUUUACUUACAGAAUAGGCUAUAUACUGAGCGUGCUUUGAUUGGCUAAUAGUUACUCACAUUAAUACACGUUUCCUAAACAAAAUUGAAGUUUUCACUUCUGAAAGCUUCGGAGUACUGGAAACAGCUCACGUAACACGCAUCUUUGACUUUUUUUUCCGGUAAGUUUUUCAUCAUCAUAAAACCAGGACUCAUGGGAAAGGUGUUUUUUAUUAAUCGUUUCUCACGAAGUCGUGAAUUUAAUAUAAAAUACAUAGCGCCCAUAGCGAUAUACUCUUAGCUAUAGAGAUGGCAUGUGCUAUUUUUGUCCCGCAGGCCGUUUAACGCCAGCUCCAAGUUAUUCCGCCAUUGCAGAGAGGUGCACUUAGUUGGAAACCCAAAACCAAUCACCCAACAGCAAAGAAGCAAGUAAGUUUGUUAUCGGAAAUUCAAUGACAGUGUGGCUACGGUACUACUUAGUAACAUCACCACAGUCAAUAACAUAAUGAUAUUUUUCCUUAUCGAAACAUUCGCGACUUUGUGCUAUUCGAGUACAGUUUGUCUGUUGUGGUCAAUAGAUAGAACAGAGGCCCACUACUUCUAGUACUUUGUCCUUGACGUUGAAAGGGAUCAACGGAUUUUGCAGGCUUGUUCAACCUUGUGUUACCUCAGGGUUACUGUGCCGUUACCCUAAUUUUACCCCAGGGUCGUGAUGACCUGGUGAUCCAGUUGUUGACGCUUCAGGCGCGUUAUUUCCUUAGAAAAGAAGUUUGUUGUACUUCGUCUCUCUACUCCCAAGUGUAAAAGUAGGUACUUGCGGUACCUAAGAGUGAGGGAGAUCAGCAAUCAGAAUGGGUACGGUCUCACUCGACUUCGCCUUUGUAUUACUCCAGGCCAACUUCGUCCCCAGGGUUCUCGCCAACCUGUCCUGUAGGAGAAACCCUGGGAACAAAGUUGACCCCGUUCAUUUCCCGGAUUAAGAGAAUGUAAAUAACAUACCACCUUUCGGACAAAACUGUUAAGCUGACUGCACUUCUCAUUUGUGGUUGCUUCCGUAGGAACUAUUUUCCAAAACACCAGGCAGCAGCCAUAGUUGUAGCUACUUCUGAGCCACCAGUAACUCAACGCAGCACAAGCACUCCUAUGACUGCCAGUGUUCCUUCAGCUGGUCCUAAUGGCGUAACAGCGCACAUGUUGGGUAUGCUCUCUUCAGGAAAUCAGUUUUCUCAAACAGCCACUCACAUGCAAGGAAAUACGGCUGUAACCAAUCAAGGAGCUUACAUAGGAGGACGGCUAACACCUCAAGCGAUGCAGCAAGGUAAACACAAUAUGAACAGUGGUGCUGAACAAAUGAAUUUUUUCCAAAAGCGUGCGCUUCCAUUGGUUACUUUGUGGUCACAUGACAAAUAACAAGGAAGCUGUUUCCCGCCAAAAGUGAAUGAAGACCGUUGCAAAAUGUAUGACGUCAGAGAACAAUGCACUGUUACCCGCCAUAGCUGACCAGUAGUCUGUUCACAUUGGACUUAGUUAUGUUCAUAAAAAGUUAAUUGAUUUGUAAAUUUUAACCCAUUGUGUUGAUAUGUAGCACUGUACCAAAGUAACAGUGGAGUGAGUGGAAUAACACAGAAUACCCAACAGGCAGCAGCAAUGUUACAAAGACAGAUGAACAUGGCAGUGCAGCAACAACCAACACAACAAACCACAGGUACACCAGGCAUUUGAGAGAAACUCAGCCCAGCUCUUGAUAUGAUAUCAACGCUCCAACAAUGUGAAGGACUUAAAUAUCUUUUCAUUUGUAACAGUCACUUUGUAAUAUCUGAUCGAUUACUGCAGUGACUACUUAUUGGGGUGUUAAAGUUGUUGAAUAGCGCCUUAAAGUUUACAUGAUUACAGACAUCAUUUAAUACUCAAGUGAAUCUGCAAAGUUUUAAGCGUUUGGACGUCAUUUCUAUAGUGACAAUCAUAAGCGAUAUAGACCAUGGAAAAUUGUUGCCAAUGCAUCAUUGUGCAUAUGCCACCUAUCGAUAGUCCUAGCGCACAAUAUGUAGAGUGUCUGAUGACACAUGAACUCAGUAAAAUAGCAUUAUCUCCCACCAGUCUGUCUCCUGUAGCUCUCUGGUAGAGCAUGUCACGAACCAAAAAACGUACUUUGUCGGGAAUGUACAAAUUGGCUGAUAAAAAAACUUUGGCAUAAAAACAGUUGACAGGAAAUGUGUUAAAUGGAAAGCAAACUAGUGAGCCCAGAACAAUUGAACUUGUGGGAUGAAGUUGUUCGUGUAUAUCACCGUUCGUGAGUGUUGUUAUCGACCACGGCAUAUUGGUUUACUUUAUAUACUCACUACAAUUUUGCUGUUCGACCGCGUAUUGAUCAUGCCUUGCUUGAUGAUCAACUUUUUGACUAAACUGGUUCUUUUGGUUCAUUGUUGUAGAUAAUCUUCUAAUUGAGAUCAUCUAUGUUACAACCCGCCUUCUCUUCUUGUUGCUGUAUAGGUCAGGUUGGGGGCUUGCAGGUCCAGCAGCAGCAGUACAGCCCUGCACAACAGCAGCAGCAGUUUAACUUUCAACAGCAAAUUAACCAGAUUAACACUAUACAACAUCAGCAGCAGCAGCAACAGCAGCAGCAACAUUACGCCCAGCAGAUCCAGCAACAACAGCAGCAACAAGUGAUGGCAGCACAAGCUGCUGUCGUGACGCAACCUCUGCCACCACCCCCUAAGGAAACGGUAAGAUGACCGGCUCAAAAUGAUAUCACACCGCUGAAGAAGUAUAGGCCAAGGACAGUUAACGCUUUGGCGCUUUCAAUCAAUGAUACUCGUGCAAUGCAUGCAAAUUUUUUGUCUUUACAAGUCACUGUGUUUCGUUCAGGAACAACGCCAUAAAUUUCUUAGGGAAUGAUAGCCCUAAGUUGAAUUGACCCAGUACACGUUGCAAAUAGAAAGGAACCCAUUUUGUUCUCCUGGAAUCAACUUCUGUCACCUUUUCUCCCUUUUCUCUACGCUUUGUGAUCGCAAGGAGAAAGUCCUGUUUUACCCAGUUUUUAAACAGUUUUGUUCCUUUAUGUAGCGAUAAAACUGUUAUUUUGUGUAGUUUCGUAGAACCUGAUUUUAAAAGCCUUACACUGUGACAACCACAAUGGUUGCAGACUAGAAAAAAUAGCCGUAAAUCGUCACAUUAAAUAUUUACUCUUAGCAAGAACGCACCUAGCAGAAGGACCGCCAAAUUUAAAAUUACACUGUUUCAUUAAUGUUCGCGUGCAAUCUGUUAAACUUGUUCUCAUUUCCUUUACAGCCUGCUCCCAUAUUUCUUGCUCCACCGCCCAAGCCACAAAGACUUCACCACUCAGACGCCUAUCUCAGGUACAUCGAGGGUCUUCGUGAUGGAAGCCCACACAUGAGCAACUGGAACCAGGCGCGCAAACCAGACGUCUCCACUAUGACCCCUCAACAAGUGGCCCAGUUACCGGUCCACUGGCUGGGAUGCGGUUAUGGAGACUACAACAAUGCUGUUGAUGCUCUGUGGGCCUUGAGAGAUCACAUGAUGAGGGAUGCACUGACACUAUCCAGGGUAGCAGAAACUUAGUUUAAGACGAAGAAAAGGAAACAGUUCUUUGUUUUGGCAGAUUUAUCUGCAGUGUUGCGUGGUUCGUUUAUUUAUUCUUUGUCGGACUGACAUUCUGAAGAGAAACGCAGUGUGCAGUUUUCGAAAAAACCUCUAUUAUUCAACUUGUUGUUUUUAGAGACAGUUCUCUUCGCACUGUGUUACAAUGACGGUUGCAAUACGCUUUCUUGGAGUUUAGGUCGUGUUGCGAAUUGUGGGAAAUGCGUGUUGUAACACCGUUCAUCAUAGUUACUUUUUAACCUCCGUUUAAUUUUGUCACCUUAAGUUCUUUUUUAAAGUUAGUUAUAGCUCAUUCCAUUUUGGUCUCGAGUGUAUCCGUUUCAUGUUUGUUCGUUGAAAUGCCAUAGACAAACCNUGAGAGAUCACAUGAUGAGGGAUGCACUGACACUAUCCAGGGUAGCAGAAACUUAGUUUAAGACGAAGAAAAGGAAACAGUUCUUUGUUUUGGCAGAUUUAUCUGCAGUGUUGCGUGGUUCGUUUAUUUAUUCUUUGUCGGACUGACAUUCUGAAGAGAAACGCAGUGUGCAGUUUUCGAAAAAACCUCUAUUAUUCAACUUGUUGUUUUUAGAGACAGUUCUCUUCGCACUGUGUUACAAUGACGGUUGCAAUACGCUUUCUUGGAGUUUAGGUCGUGUUGCGAAUUGUGGGAAAUGCGUGUUGUAACACCGUUCAUCAUAGUUACUUUUUAACCUCCGUUUAAUUUUGUCACCUUAAGUUCUUUUUUAAAGUUAGUUAUAGCUCAUUCCAUUUUGGUCUCGAGUGUAUCCGUUUCAUGUUUGUUCGUUGAAAUGCCAUAGACAAACCUUGAUCUUUGAGCUUAUAUUUUAGCAGUCUGUGCAGGUUACUAAGCUGUCCAGUUACUGCUAAAUAAUCGAGGCGAUCUAUUUCCUUCAACGACUUUAAACAGAGGCCAUCUUUUAGCGUUAUUGUUAUUUGAUUGACAUUCAUGUUCUUUUCCUCGGAGUAAAGUUUGAGGUAUAAAAGCAAGUAGCAGGUGGGCUAGUAUGUUUGGUUGUUUAAAAAGUUAAACUGAUGAGUGGUCACGUGAAGAUGGGUUUUGGAAUCGAAGGUACUCGCUGCCGCGCCGCAGGUAGUCUAUACGCUGUAUGAAGCGCCUGUUGUUGUCCUGGCAAACUCCAAUAUUUCUUGAUACCUUUGUGUUUAAUACUAG